CCUAUAAAUGUUGAGGGAGGAGUAACAAUGAGAACAGUACGAGUUUUACUUAACACAGGAGUCACCGGGACAUCAUAUUAUAACAAAAUGUUUGCCAAACUGUUGAUCUUGUUCGCCGUUCUGGCUGUGGCUCUUGCGAGGCCUCAGUUCUACUCCGGUUAUGGCAGCUACGCGUCCGGUUAUCCGGGCUACUACGGCUAUUCCGGUUAUUCCGGGUACUCCAACCCUUUGAGCUACGGGUCCUACGGCACUUACGGAGCUUCCCCGUAUAGUUACGGCUACGGAUACUACUGAGUCUGAACCUUAUAUGCUAAUGCCCAAUGUUUACGCCUAGAUAUGUGAUCUACCUAAAAUUAAUUCCUUGCAAUAUAUACUUACUGUGAAUACAA